AUGCACUCAGGCCCACUGCUGGUAGCAAUAAUUUUCUAUUCGUGCCUCACGCUCAGCGCUCCUGCGACUACACAGCGUCGUUUCAGCUACAUCCUGGCGGUGUUCGUGUUGGCGUGCGUUGUGCUGCCCUACUUUGUGCUGCUCUGGUGGCUGACGGUGUGCCGAUGGUACCUGGAGGAGAAGAAACCUUAUUCUUUGGGGGAGUGCAAGCUGCCUAACCAGGUUGCGGGAGCCUUGGACACGCAACACCGUGAAGACGAUAUCAGUCGCCGGUCGCUGUCCCCUCAUCAUCAAUCUGGGAGAUCUCCGAGGAGCUUGGUGGGAUUGGAGGCACUUAGCUGCGGCUGCGGCGACCCCAACGAUCUGAAUUUAGAUCACAGCAAAGACGGACAUGCCGAGUCACCAUCUGCUGCAGAGAUAGCAGAGAAUCGAACCACCGCGUCGCCAUUGGUGUGCACGCGGCCGCGGACACCUGCUGCUGAAGAGGUGGCCGCGGAGAAAGAUGCAGCGAUUGGAAGCUUGGACGGCGGUGGUGUCCAAAGCAAAACUGCUUUCCCUUCGAUAAGGGCAUUAGAAUCUACAAAGUGCCGGAUGGUUGCCCUUCCUCGGAUCCCUGCUCGCGCUGGCGGCAACCAUGUUCACCAAGUCGUCAAGUCUAGCGAAUGCGGUGAACUGUGUUUGAUGCCUACGGCUGAUGAAUCAGCAGUGGUGGCAACAACAGCAGCAGCAGCACGGGAUGCUGCUAAGUCUUCAGCAAAGAUUCCUACGACUAUUAAUACUCUGCUGGGAUCCAUCCAGACUGGAACAGCAGACUCCACUAUAACUACAGCAGCUACAGAAGGCUGUUGUGUGAACCAUCAGAAUAAUCCUGGGCACCAACAUCAGGGUGACUCCCGUUCCUUCGGAACACCAGAAGCAAUUGUGACUACUGCUGGGAACGCAGGAGUCGAGGCGAAAAGGGCGACAAGCACCAGUUGCUCGAACCCUGGCUGCAGCCACACAAAAGCUGUAAGCAGAGAACCUGCAGAUGCCGGUGCUCCUGCUGCUGCUGGCAACCGAAUACCCGUUGCACCUAGUUCCUGCCAGCGGCCUCCAGGUCAAAAUCCCAAUGACCUUUCGCACAAGGCUACACCUCGGUUACCACUACGUCAGCCGUUUGCCAAAGGCUUGCUUGCACCCAGAGGCCGGUUGCUACCAAAGCAACCUCCCAAAGGAUCACUUUCAGUCGCUAGGGUGCCGCUGCAGACAUCACGCGCCCACAUGACUGCUGUAGCGCAAGGAAGCAGCAAGAAGAAAAGGGUUUCAGCAAGAGCUACUGAAGGAGAUCCUACGCUUUGGUCUGUGCCUAGGACUAGCAUCGAGGCAUCGCUAAAGAAAGCCGGAAGCUUAGCAGCAUUGAGUGGCCAUCCACAACCUCAGCACCAGCAGGCCCUUCAAUUUUCGGAUCAAUCACAGGUGCCAUCGCGGCAUGGGAGACCACAGCGGCGCCGGCACAACAGCUUCAAGGCCAACAGCGGCGAUAACAGUCAGUGUGGCAGUAACACCGAUCCCCUUUACCGAUCCUACAGCAACACCUGCAAUAAUACUGACAACGGGCUGAAUGGGCCUGAUGAUGUGGGGCGGCAAGCCAAUCCUCCCACUGCAGAGGCCGCCUGGACGACACCUAAGCUCUUGCCCAAGCACAUGGCAUGGAAAGAGGCUGUCCAAUCCAAUAACCAGGCGUCGAAGCUGGCUGGCGACUCACAAGUGAUGGUACCAGCAGCAGAGCCCGUACGCGUGCUUGAUGAUUUGCCAACCAGGCCACACUCCAAGGCCAGCUACAGAAGCAACAGCGGGGAAAAUUGUGAGCCGAUUUAUGGUGAUAGGUCCAAGCUCUCCAGUAGUGCUGGUAGUUGUCUGUUGACGGUUGCAGCAGGGCCUGUGGGGGAGGCAACGGAAGAUGGUACAUCUGCCACCAGGUUGCCAACACAUUGUUCCCAUACGCCCGCCUCCCAACGACCCUACAUCAUCCUUCCAAUACCUUCCGGCGUCACGGCAUCAGGCGCCGCAGCAUCACCUCGAGCCCGUCGUUCCAUGAAAAGGCAGGCUCGGCCCGGCCUGAAGUCCGCCAUGACGCUGCUGACAUCUUUGUCAUCAAGAAGCACGAUGAGAGGUCGCAUGGACUGCAGCAGCCGUGAUGGGAUUAACGACGGCAUACAGUGCCAGCAGGACUUCGUCAAGCAUUACAAUGUCCUUGCAGAAAUAGAUUAUAGUCCGGCAGUGCUUCCCAUGGACGUGCCUGGCCGCACAACUCCGACACCUUCCCUACAUGCUCGGUCAUCAGAGGCGCCCAGCUUGUGUGGCCAAGGAAAGCUCGGCAGCCAUGAGUCAUGUGGACAGGCAAAGUUGUCUUUGAUGUCGGAAGUCGCCCCUCACCGCCGGCGGCGCACCACAUUCAAAAUGCCGGAGUAUGCACCUGCCUACUUAGCCCCGCUCAUUGUGGGCAAACAUUUGCUGGCGUUGUACCCAGGCAAGCAGGUGCCUGUGUACCAGCUGCAGUACCGGCGAGACUGCUGGCCACUGUGGCUGCACCUGACACCUCCGCCAGUCCAUCUCCUAGCAAGAUUCGAGUUCCUGUUUGAGGACGCAGUCGGUGAAAACACCAGCGUGUCAUCUGGCCGCGAGACCAAGAUGAUCUUGUCCGUUGGGGCAAUAAAUGCGACACACAAGGCCCUCGUUGCCUGCAUCUUUGGCUUCCUCAGCUUGCAGACACGCAGCAUGUUGCAGAUGGUUCUGCUGUGCGUGAUUCAGGCUGCCAUGGUGUUAUACCUGGCGAUAUGGCGGCCGUUUGUUGACUGGCAGAGACAGGCCAUGGAGCUUGUGUGCCAUGCUCUUGAGCUAAUAGUAUUCAUAGUCGCCUUUGCACUACUGGAUGCCCAUCCAGGCAACAAUGCACCAACGACAUACCUAAUGAUUGUGUGCUUUCUUCUCACCUCGCUUGCUGUCAUCCUCUACCAGUUGUGGGAAAUGAUUCAGAUAGCACUGGAGAUCAGGGAUAUCCUCCGAAAUCAACUGGCAAAAAGAGGCCUCUGCCAAGCUUGCUGCUCCAGCACUGCUGAUGCAUGA